CAGCUGUCAAACUACAAGCAGCGAACUCGUGCGGAUUUUAGAAUAAUUUAUGUUUAUUAUUUAUUAAUUUUAAGCUUAAUUAGAUCACAUAAUGGAGUGUAUAAGCAUAUUAGAGCGGGAAAUAGCCGACUUGCGCAAGACUUUAGCCGAGAAAGAGAACGAAUUGUGCGAAAUUAAGAAGAAAUGGUUAUCGAAGCCACAAGACAAUCAGAUGCAAGCCAACCCCAACGGGUUUCAUGGCCAGGCCCAUGUAGAACGUCUGCCCCGAUGGGCAAUAGAAAGGUACAGUCGACAAAUCCUGCUGCCCGAGAUUGGUGUAGAAGGGCAGGCGGCGCUGCUGGCUGCUAAGGUGCUCCUGGUUGGAGCCGGCGGGCUUGGAUGCCCUGCUGCCGCGUACCUAGCAGGCGCUGGUGUUGGUGAAAUAGGCCUUGUGGACUACGACACAGUGGAUGUGACCAACAUACACCGGCAACUUUUACACGGGGAAAUAGAUCAAGGCACCAGCAAAGUGCAGUCAGCCGCUGCCGCUUUAAGGAGGAUAAACUCUAACGUAACGGUGACCACACACGAGACGCAGUUGUCCUCUACCAACGCGCUGGACAUCGUGGGUCGGUACCACAUGGUACUGGACUGCUCGGACAAUGUACCGACUAGGUACCUUUUGAACGACGCAUGCUCUCUUACUAAGUUGCCCCUUAUAUCCGGAAGUGCCUUAAAAAUGGAGGGUCAGCUAACGAUGUAUGGAUAUCGAGCGCCGAAGGAUCCCAACGAAAAGGAGGCGUACCAGGGCCCGUGCUAUAGAUGCCUCUUCCCGUCCCCCCCACCCCCCGAAACGGUCGGCAGUUGCUCUGCCAAUGGGGUGGCAGGGCCCGUACCCGGACUAAUAGGCGUGCUACAAGCGCUGGAGGCCAUUAAGCUUAUAGUGGGAUAUCCUCACAAUAAGCUGUUAGUGGAGCGUAUGCUUAUAUUCGAUGGCGAUGACUGUACCUUCCGAACCGUGAAACUCCGUCCGCGCAACGCAGAGUGCGCCGCGUGCGCCGCCACCCCGACCAUCACUCGGUUGAUCGACUACGAGGCCUACUGCAAGGCGAAGGCCUCAGAUAAGGACCUUGACCUAAAGAUCCUGCCUCCCUCGCACCGUAUCUCCGCGAGCGAGCUGCCCUGUCUUCUAUCUUGCUCGCUCCUGGUCGACGUGCGAAGUACUUCGGAGUUCACAAUGUGCCAUAUAGAUGGCGCUGUGAAUUAUCCUAUAGAUUCCCUUAGAGGGAACGUAUUGGACAAGUUACUGGAGGAAAUACGGCAGAGAGAUGGUCAAGUGACAUUCAUCUGCCGUCGCGGGAACGACUCGCAGAUAGCAGCCAAGCUGGUCCUGGACGCUCUGCCGGACGACGCUGGACGCAUCCGCGACGUCAUCGGCGGUCUGCACGCGUGGGCUAAACACGUCGAUCACGACUUCCCUGUUUAUUAACCUUUUCGACGCCGUGUCAAACACAAAAGCUGUCACUCGGACGCCACGUCACCGAAGUGUCAAAACUGAAAUUGAACUUUAUGCAUAUGCACGUAGGUCUAUGUUGCUCUGUGGUCUGUGACCGAUUAAUCCGUCUUUGGCGUUGGACCUGCGGUGCGGAUAUAUCGGUCAUUGGUGUCCAAAAGGUUAACUCUUUCAAUUCCACCCCCCUUUGCACUCUCUUCAGGGAUGAUUUCCGACAUAAAACCUAUCCUAUGUCUUCCCUGGGACUUAAACUAUCUUUAUACCAAAUUUCAACUAAAUCGGUUCAGCGGCUUAAGCGUGAAGAGGUAACAGACAGACAUACUUUCGCCUUUAUAAUAUUAGUAUGGAUCUACAUCUACUACAUUGUAACUGGUGUGAGUGAGAUAGAUAACGUUUUUCGGUUUUGGCGGUAGACCAUCAGGGGCGAAAACUAUUUGUCUUACCGUGAGGUGACAACCAGAACUCACUAAUGGAGUUGGCCGGUUAAUUUGUGGUAG